UUUAUGUUUUGCUGUUGUGGUGGAAAGAUCACCAAAACUUCUAUCGCUGAUAAUUAAUAGGAUUCGCUGUUUCGAAUGAACCUUCUCCACGUGGUUCUAUUGUACGCUUCUGCUUCGUUUGUCCCGUUCAGUCUUACAUCCUCUCUUCACACAGUCGAUUCACCUCUUUAUCGGUCUUCCUCUCCUUCUUCUCCCCUGUGGUAAUAUACGAGUACACUGUGCUGCUGAAAAGGUAAGAAAAAAAAAAAAAAAACUGAGGUGAGCUGGAAUUGCUUUCUUCGUUGUUUCUUCUCUCACAAGAAACACCAAGGAAGAACGAACAACAGCUGACUCGUUGGCCCUUACCUGAUGACCGGCUGAGUACCUACGCCAUCAACAGGCAAGCUCACCAUCAGCAGCUGAGGUAAGACGCCUUCUCCUUGUGUUACAAACUUUCAUGGGCUGAGUGUGUGGACGCUGAACAGACCCGAUCAAUAUUUCCGUCUUGGGAGGAGAAGAGACGGAGGCUCACGGAGGUUCAGUCCAGCAAAGAAAGAGAUAAAAGCGAAGAUUGAGCAGGAAGGAAAGACAGAGAGAGAGAGAGAGAGAGAGAGAGAGAGAGAGAGAGAGAGAGAGAGGGAGAGAGAGAGAAGAGUGAUCUGCGCUUGGACACUCUUAGGUGAGUCAAGAUCGCCCCCCGGUAAGAGCCUCGCCCUGCGCCUCUCCAGACAUUGAUAUCCUUAGCGGGACGCCUAGUUAGGGGGACUUACUGGGGCCAAACGUGCGUCCAGGCCCCCAGCGAUGCCGCCCCCGCCCCUAUCCUCCCCUGUCCCCUUGCUCCCUGUCCCCCUCAGUUCAGCGCCUCCUCCUGCUCCCCAAGCCUCUCGUAGGUCCCUGUAAGCGCUCCAGCGUCGGGAUGGCGUGCGUAUAUUGAUCGGUAGGGGCGAGGGUAGCACACACACACACACACACACACACACACACACACACACACACACACACACGAGACUCCCUCUUCUCCUCACUCACCAUUGUCUCAAAAACCAGCUCAGCCUGUAAUGCUCCGUCCCCGCCUGGAGUUGCUCUGUCUGUCUUCACUUCAUCCUUCUUUCCUUCCUUCCUUCCUUCCUUCCUCCUGGCGUCGUCGCUCCGCCUUUCCUCCUAUCCUCCUAUCCUCCUCCUCCUCCUCCUCCUCCUCCCUUUCCGCCAUCCGCCACUAAACUCCGUAACACCCUCGCUGACUCGCCAUAAUUCGUAAAUUUGAAUACAUCUCACAAAAGGCGUUGAUCUAAUUCCAUUCCAUCUCUCCGCUCCUCCUCUUCCUCCUCCGCCUCCACCUCCGCCUCCUCUACCACUUCUCCUCCACCACCUCCUCCUUCUCAAUCCUCCUCCUCUCCUCUGCCUCCUCCUCCUCCACUAAAGCGAAACAUUAUUUCUUUAAGUCAAGGAAAUGAGGAAUUCUGGGAACGAGUGAUGUCGGAAGAAAGAGGGAGCGAAUUGAGUGUCUCUCUAUCUUUAUAUCUGUAGGUGCGGCUCGGGCGGCUGUGUCGGGCCUUUUCUAUCACCACCAUUGUGCCGAGACCUAAUGAGUUGUCACUACUCAAUUAUUUCUCCGGCGCCACAUAAUGCAGAAAAUUUCGUUCGGUCCCUCCGUGCCGACAUCUGGUCCCGGCAACUGUUUUCCCGGCCAAUUUUUCACAGCGGCCUCCUGAUAAAAGACCGUUUAGUGUCUGGGGGUUGUUGAUAUCAAUUUAUUUCCUUUGAUACACACAUAUAAUUUCAUUACGGUACAAAUCGCUUCAAUUGGGGCUCGAGUCAGCGCUUUCAUCUAACCAUUACUUGACAUGCUGUGAGCUGAUUGGUCAAGAGGAGAUGACGUCACGCCCUCCAGUCGAUAGACCACGCCUUUAUGAUAACAGAGUCCGGGCCGACCAAUGAGCGGCCCGCCUGGCCCCGUGUGGGCGGGGCGCGGCGGAGCGGAGGGCAGGGGUCUCGCGUGAACAAGUUGUAACACACAAGUCGCUCCUCUCGGCACGGCCAUUUGGCGCCACCAUGAGUAGCGGCGGGGCUUUACCUGGUGUCAUGGCCGCCCGGGUCAGUUUGGUGUGACGGCCCGAUCCUGCCGCGUCCUGCCGUGACCUGCUGUGACCUUGUCGGGGCCCCUCACCUGACCCCAGUGCCCGGUGAACGAGUGUCCGCGGCGCAUGGCCCUCACCACGGCGGAGCCAGGCCAGGCGGCGGCACCGCUGCCCCGCGCCCCCGCCCACACCUUGGACCUCGACGCCCGCCACCGACUUGAGUCCCGGCACAGGGACUUCGAAAAUUCUUUCGUCUCCGAGAGGAAGUACCCCUACCCCGAGGCACCGCCACAGGACACCAAGUUCCCAUUGGAGGCCGCUAAGCCCGCCGCCGAGCUGGCCGCCGAGCUCAAGAGGUCUGAGGCCGCUGCCAAGGUCGCGCUGGAGAGGUACGAGGGCAGUGUUGGCGGUGGCGGUGGAGGCGGCGGCGGCCCAGGCGUUGUGGGCAGCGGCGGACCGGGCACGGGCGCCCUCACUGCUGCCUCCUGUCCUUCGCACACCAUCGAUGCCAUCCUGGGCCUCCGCUCACCGCUCAAAGGCUCCCCCUCCCCCCCACACUUACACGGCCUCAACAACAACACCUCCACCAACAACAUGAACAUGGCGACCGCAGCCUCCCCGGCCAGGGGCGGCGGCGGUGGCGGCAGAGUGGGCGGCGGCCGAGAUGAUGGCGGGGACACCGACGACUCCAGCACCGCCACUCCUCCAGAGGACGCUCGUGGAACUGGCGGCGGCGGCAGCGGCGGCGGCGGGGGAGCAGGAGAUGGACGAGGCGGCGGCGGUGAUGGCGGGCUGGGCGGAGAGGGGACACAGGACCUCGGCUCGGACGCGAAGAAGAAGCACCGCAGGAACCGCACCACCUUCACCACCUACCAGCUGCACGAACUGGAGCGAGCCUUUGAGAAGAGCCACUACCCAGACGUGUAUUCCAGGGAGGAGCUGGCACUCAAGGUCAACCUUCCUGAAGUGAGAGUACAGGUGUGGUUCCAGAACCGACGGGCCAAGUGGCGGCGGCAGGAAAAGAUGGAACAGGCGCAGCUGCGGCUGCACGAGCAGUCUAUGGGGCUGCUACACCGGCCCCCGGGACCUCCCGGGCCCCUCGACCACUUCUUUCCGCCGCUGCUGCCGGGCCUGCCGGGCCUCCAAGGCCUGCAGAGCACCAUGCCAUCCAUCCACGGCGGCCUCUCCAGCAUGGGGCGGCUCCGUGCCCUCCCUUCCAGGUUUCCUCACCCAUCCCCACGCCGCCUACCCGUCCUACCUCACCCCGCCCACAUCGUCGGCCAUGGGCGUCGCUCCGCCGCCCCCACAGGCUAUAGCCGCCUCCACGGCACCUCCAACCUUCACCACGCCUCCACUGCCAAUCUCCCCGCCGCUGCCCCCGCCCCCCGCAGCCCAGGAGCGCUCGUCGUCACCCGGCAGCCCCGAGGAGGACCUGCGCUCCUCCUCCAUCGUCCGCCCUCAGACUGCGGGCCAAAGAGCACCUUGAGAGUUUGGUCAAGACCUCAGCUCUUGUCUGAACCUUCCCGCGUCCUUCCUUUCAUCCAUUCAUGCGCCAUCCCCGAGGCCUCAUGAGCCGUUCCUGUCCCCGGGACGCGACGUGGAGAGUCUCGGUCAACACGCGGCUUGACCCAAGACUUGAUGGGCUGGGUUGUGGCUCGGGGGUGCAGGGACAGCCGAGGCGGGCGGCAGCGGAGUGACACUGUGCCAAAUGUGAACGCUGCCGCCGCUGCGAACACUAGUGGCUUAUGCUCGCGUGAAUCAGGGGAAAAAGGGGACAAAUUAAGGCCGCCCCGGCGAUACUCGCAGGAAAGACUCCAGUGAGAGGUACCUCCUAGCGGGCCGUGAAGGACGAACACGGAGUCGGCGCCAGCUUGUAGCGUCUGGCAGCGCGCCUCCCUCCGGUGCCCCACCCGUCUCCCCUCCUGCUCGGCGCGUCACGAGUGUCACCAGUGUCCCGCUGCACAGGACACAACAUUUUUCUCCGUGUGCUCCUGACUCCUUUUAUUUUAUUUCUUUAUUUCCGAUGGCAGGGAAUAUGGAAAAAAGUACAGGUUUUCCUUCACUGUGACGGCCAGAAAGUGGACGAGUGAAGCACAGACGAGGAAAACAAAACACAGGUGCGAUCUAAAUGUCAUGUUCAAACUAACCAGUGCACAGUCCCAUCAAGUUGUCAGUUUUUCCCUUCCUGGAAACUUUACUCUGCAGAUGAUGAUAAUUAAUAGAUCAAAAUGUAUCUUUAUGUUAAAUGUACAUAUGAAGAAAUAAGAUGUGUAUAUAUUACAGAGAAAAUAGAAACGUCCUCUUCUUUUGUCGUCUUCU